UUUACAUUCCAUAUUACAUUCAUUUAUUGUUGGUUUAAAAUGCAAAUUUUAUUACAUACAUUAUUCAAUAAAAUUAUAAAAUAACAAAUAAUAAUAAAAAUAAAUAAAAAAUAAUUUAAAUUUUUUCAAAACCUUUUGGCGCCAUUUAAAACAAGUGUGGUCUUGGUUGCCUCAUAUUAAUUUUUCGAAAUAUUCAUAGAGGGCGACAGUGCAUGGUGUCUGACACAAGUUCCACCGUCAGUUUUGGCAACUGUCGUCUUAUUUUGACUUUUCGUUUCACGACGAGCAUGUUUUUAUUUAUUUACGCUAUGAACUUACGACAAUAACGCAAACUUAAACUCACCUCCAACUCUAAUUCGUGCCAGUGGUAACGACGUCCCGCAAAAUGGUUCUACUCCAGCUCGACGCACAGCCGGCCAUCGUCCAAGCAGUUUUCGAAGGAUCCCUAGAAACCCUACACACCCUCAUUCAACAAAAUCAUAAUGUCAACGAGCAAGACUGUGAGAAACGUACGCCGUUGCACGCGGCAGCUUACAAAGGCGACAUGGCAAUCUCCGAACUGCUUCUCGAAAAUGGCGCACGAGUGAACGCAAAGGACUCCAAAUGGAUAACACCGUUGCAUCGUGCGUGCAGCAACAGCUGGCAAGACACGGUCGCUCUUCUGCUGUCCUAUCACGCGGACAUCAGCGCCAGAGACAAGUUGUGGCAGACUCCGCUGCACGUCGCCGCAGCAAACGACGCCUUCAGUUGCGUAGAACUGCUGUUGGACCAUGUGCCCAACGUGAACGUGACGGAUCGAGCGGGCAGAACAGCCCUUCAUCACGCCGCCAUCAACGGUCACACGCAAAUUUGCGAACUCCUCGUCACCAGAGGUUGCAUGGUGAACGCCUGCGACAAGAAAGAUGUCAGACCUCUGCACUGUGCCGUACAAAUGGGCCACAUCGAAACUGCGGAGAUUCUCAUCAAAUUAGGGGCGGACGUCAACGCCAGAGACAGGAAUUUGUAUACGCCUCUGCACGUUACUGCGGCGGCCGGCAAAACAUAUCAUCGUUUCGAGAAUUUCGUCAAUUACGACAGCAUAGGCAGAAUGUUGAUCAGUUUCGGUGCAGAUGUAGAUGCGCCGAACGCGUACGGCAACACUCCCGUCCAUAUUUCCUGUCUCAACGGCCAUUUGAGUGUGCUGCAAGAUUUGGCAGAGGCAGGCGCCGAUUUGGAAAGCAUCAACUUCAGAGGUCAAACGCCGUUGCACUUGGCGGCGGCCUCCGCUCACGGCGCCGAUUGUCUCACCUAUCUUUUGACACAAGAAGUCGACGUCAACAAACAGAGCUCGGACGGUAGAACUCCGCUGCACAUGACCGCUUUGCACGGCAGAUUCUCGAGGAGCAAACCUCUCAUAGACAAAGGCGCUCUCGUCGAUUGCGCUGACAAAAACGGAUGCACGGCGUUGCACAUUGCGGCCCAAUACGGACACGAUCUUUUGGCCAACACGCUGUUGAGUUACGGAGCCGACCCCACGAAGAAGGGCUACGAAGGACGAACUCCGUUGCACAUGUGUUGUCUCAGCGGAUACGUCGAGUGUUGUCGCAAGUUCCUACAGGCGGGCGUCAACCUGAACGUGCAGGACGACAAAGGCAUGACACCGACCCAUUACGCGGCCUACAAAGGUUCCAUCGAAUGUCUGGAUCUGCUCGUCGCCAACCAGGCCGACAUAUCGAUUCUGGACUCGCUGCUACGUCUCCCCGUGCACUACGCCGCCUCCCAAGGUCACUAUCAAUGUGUGUUCACGUUGGUGGGCGUCGGCAGUGCAGUCGCCGCCAGAGACGCCAUGGGAUGCACACCGCUGCAUUUGGCCGCCGCCUACGACUUGGAAGGCCGCUGCGUCAAAUACUUGCUGGACCACAGGGCAGACGCAAACUGCACCGACUCGAGAGGACUGCUGCCGUUGCAUUAUGCGGUGGCGGGUGGAAACGAGGCGGCCACCGUCGCCCUUGCAGUGCCCAACGGACAGGUUAUCGACGGAGACACGAGGGCGGUCACCACUCUACAUCUUGCCACCAAAAUCGGACCGCUGUCGCUCGUCAAACCGCUGUUACCCUUUUUCAGAGAAUUCGACAUCCAGACGUCGGAGGGCGUGACUCCGUUGAUGUUGGCCGCCAGAGAAGGUCACACGCAGAUCGUGCAAUUCUUACUACGCUUCGGAACCAAGGUGGCUAUCAGAGACAACAACGACUGGUCUGCGCUGCACUACAGCGCCAAAAACGGCCAUUCCCAGUGUCUCACGAUGAUGAUCCACAACAGCGAAAACCCCGAUGCCGUCAAUUUCGUCGACAAGAGAGGCAGGACUGCGUUGAUGCUCGCCGUUUCCGGCAAUCACAUCGAUUGCGUAAACAUCCUGUUGAAGGCGGGCGCGGAUCCUAACGUCUUGGACACUGACGGACAUUCGUGUCUGUUUCGGGCGGUCGUCAGUGGACAAACCAGCAUAGCUCAGUUGUUGGUGUCGAGCAGUGCCAAAGUGAGCACACGCGACGUGAACGGCAAGACGGUGCUGCAUCUCGCCGCCGCCUGCGGCCACCUGCCGUGUCUGCGCAUGAUCCUGCAGUACAUGAGCGCAGAAGAGGCGACCGCCCUCGAUCACCAACAGUGCUCCGCCCUUCACUGGGCGGCCUACAACGGUCACUCCGAUUGCGUCGAAUAUCUGCUGCAGCGCAAAAUCUUCGCCGGUCUGGAGGGCAACGCGUUCUCGCCGGUUCACUGUGCCACAUUCGUCGGCUCGGAAAAGUGUCUCGAAUUGCUCGUGACCGAAUUCGGUGAGGGAAUCGUCAAUUUGAAGGACGGCAGACGGAGGACGCCGUUGCACGUGGCUUCGUUGCACGGCCACGUCGAGUGCGUGAGACUGCUGCUGGAGAAAGGGGCCGACGUGGAGGCGAAGGACGAGGAGGGUCGAACCGCGUUCGUUGCUGCGGCCCAAUACGGACAGACACAAGUGGUCGAACUGCUGCUGACGACGACCACCAGCCGAGUGGAAUGCGACAAUCACGGGAACACUGCCUUGCAUCUGGCCUGCUUGAGGAAACACUCGCAAACCGGUCUGGUCAUUUUGGAAGACCCAAACAGUCAACAGGUCAUCAACAUCCUCAACAAGGAGAACAAAACUCCCCUACACAUUUCCGCCCGCAACGGACUGGUCGAAGUGACGAGGGAACUGUUAAAGAAGGGCGCGUCCGUGCUGGUGGUGGACAAGGACGGACUCACGCCGGCCUUGUGCUGCGCCCCGUCCCCCAACGUAGCGCAAUGUCUGGCGUUGAUACUGCGCACGCUGCCCGAAUUCGUUGCCAAAAACCCCAUCGAGAACGAUCCCCUUCGUUUGUUGCCGUUCUACUCGACAAUCGAAAGACUCCGUUCCGAAAAGGAGUACAAACACUGCAGCAGUCAAAGUGUGAUUUCGAUGGUCGCCAAUCCGGAUUGCUUCGAACUGCACCAGUACUUUCUGAAUAAAAAGUGUCCGUUGUUCCACGACCAGAUGAUCGAAAUGAGCAGUCGAAAAAGUUUGGCGGUGAUCGAGGCGGAUAGUUGCAGCAUAAUCGAAGGCGAAGACUUUCACGAAAAGUUGGAGCAACGCACGCCCGAACUGACCGGACUGAACCUGCACAAGACGCAGUCCGACGUGUGUAUUCUGAACAGGGUGCGUCCGAGAAAAGUGCACGAGAGAAGAAGGUACUUGGGCAAUUCGUUCAAACAGCCCUUGGCCAAGAAACAAUUCGGCAGGUUCUUCAUGGGAAAAAGCGAUGUAGACAGAAUCGACGAGAAAUCUUUGUCGUCAAAAAAUAUCAAUUCGAACGAGGAUACUACCGACACUAGUUCGCUCACCUUAAUGAUUAUGAAAGAAAUCACAAAAAACUAUCCGAAACUGGCAAAGCAAACGUCCUCGUUUAAAGACUAUUUCAACAUUUGCGAAGAAUUUUUAGAUUACCUUAAAAUUGCCGGAUUAAAUAACAGAGAACAUUCGCAAUAUUUGGCGGCACUGUCGCGUUACUUGAACGAGAAACUGAGCAAGUUCGACAACACGAACGAAACACAAGGAGGAGGAAGAGAAGGAAGAACGGGAAUCGAAUCGGAUCGAAUCGAGACGAUAAAUCGUCAAAACGAAAUAUACCUCCUCUACGCUGGCGACGAACUGGACAGUUUCGUUCAAAUUUUAGGCGAAUCUACGCGUAGAAAGAACGUCGCGCGAUACUGUACUUUGCUGUAGUAAUGUCAAGACGUGUUGUUAACGUCAACAUCAUUCGCACUCUCUGUCAGAGUCCAACAUCAGUUUGGCUCUGAAGAUGGCGGCCACCUGCAACAUCUCCGACGAGAGGAACGACAAUGCCAACAGCGACAAUGAGUUUUACUAGACUA